AUGUCGGUGAAUUACGCGGCGGGGCUUUCGCCGUAUGCGGACAAGGGCAAGUGCGGUCUCCCGGAGGUCUUCGACCCCCCUGAGGAGUUGGAGAAGAAGGUGUGGGAGCUGGCACAGCUCGUCUGGCAGUCCUCCAAUGUAGUGUUCCACACAGGCGCAGGCAUCAGCACUGCCUCAGGCAUCCCCGACUUCAGGGGCCCCCAUGGCGUCUGGACGAUGGAGGAGCGGGGCCUGGCCCCCAAGUUCGACACCACCUUCGAGAAUGCCCAGCCCACAAAGACCCACAUGGCGCUGGUGCAGCUGGAGCGCGUGGGCCUCCUGCGCUUCCUGGUCAGCCAGAACGUGGACGGACUGCACGUUCGCUCCGGCUUCCCCAGAGACAAGCUGGCAGAGCUCCACGGAAACAUGUUUGUAGAAGAAUGUGUCAAGUGUAAGACGCAGUAUGUCCGAGACACCGUGGUGGGCAGCAUGGGCCUGAAACCCACGGGCCGGCUCUGCACCAUGGCCAAGUCCAGGGGGCUGCGGGCCUGCAGGGGGGAGCUGAGAGACACCAUCCUGGAUUGGGAGGAUUCCCUACCUGACCGGGACCUCACCCUGGCCGACGAGGCCAGCAGGAAUGCAGACCUGUCCAUCACACUGGGCACCUCCCUGCAAAUCCGGCCCAGCGGGAACCUUCCCCUCGCCACCAAGCGCCGUGGAGGUCUCCUGGUCAUUGUCAACCUUCAGCCCACCAAGCAUGACCGCCACGCAGACCUGCGAAUCCACGGUUAUGUUGAUGAGGUCAUGACGCGGCUCAUGAAACACCUGGGCCUGGAGAUCCCGGCCUGGAACGGCCCCCACGUGGUGGAGAGGGCACUGCCGCCCCUGCCACGCCCACCUGCCCCCAAGCUGGAGCCCAAGGAGGAGGCCUCCACCCAGCUCGACAGCCCAGUGCCCGCCAGCCCCAAGCAGGAGCCCACAGCUGAGCCCUGCGCCCAGCACAAUGGUUCCGGACCAACCAACCCCAAAAGGGAGUGGCCGGACAGCCCUGCCCCUCGCAGGCCUCCCAAAAGAGUGAAAACCGAGGUGGUUCCUAGCUGA